UCCGCAGUGAAUUUUAUUGAUUUUUUUUUUCUCAAUUUUUUUAUUUGUUUCUAUUUUUUUGAAACACAUUCCGCUUCCUGAAUUGCGAACUCGCACAUUCAAAUCCCUAAUUCCUUGGCUUAGCCUCUCGGAAUUCGCGAAUUCCCAUUGAUUUCACUUUCGAUUCGCAAUGGAUGGUGCGUACAACCCGCGGACGGUGGAGGAGGUGUUUAGGGACUUCAAGAGCCGCCGCGCCGGCAUGAUCAAGGCUCUCACCACCGAUGUUGAGGAGUUCUUCCAGCAGUGCGACCCUGAUAAGGAAAACCUUUGCCUUUAUGGAUUGCCUAAUGAGCAGUGGGAAGUUACUUUACCUGCAGAAGAAGUUCCUCCUGAGCUGCCUGAGCCUGCUUUGGGAAUUAAUUUUGCAAGAGAUGGAAUGCAAGACAAGGACUGGUUGUCUUUGGUUGCUGUGCACAGUGAUGCAUGGCUACUUUCUGUUGCCUUUUAUUUUGGUGCAAGAUUUGGAUUUGAUAAAACUGAAAGAAAGCGCCUUUUUGGUAUGAUAAACGAUCUGCCUACCAUAUAUGAGGUUGUCAAUGGUAAAGACAAAGUGAGUCCACAGGGUAACAAUCACAGCAAUAACAAACACAAAUCAAACUCCAAACCACAGCGAGGAUCAGAAUCUCAGAGCAAGUCUUCAAAGAUAAUGGUGCAGAAGGAAGAGGAUGAAGGUCUUCAGGAGGAGGACGAUGAAGACGAGCAUGGAGAUGCUCUUUGCGGGGCAUGUGGUGAAAACUAUGCAUCUGACGAGUUCUGGAUUUGCUGUGAUGCCUGCGAGAAAUGGUUUCAUGGCAAGUGUGUGAAAAUAACACCUGCAAGAGCUGAGCACAUCAAGCAAUACAAAUGCCCUUCUUGCAGCAACAAGCGAGCUCGUUCCUCCUGACAUGCUUUCACCUUCUUGGACGGUAUUUCCACUGUGAAUUUUGGUUGUCAAUUCAGCUAGUUGCUAACCAUGCAAAGCUCGAAUCAAAUUAUAUACAGAAAGUGAAUCUGGCUGUGCUCCUGAUCUCAAAGUUGCACAUUGUUGAAAUUCCCCGGCCAUCUGUUGUGGGAGAAUUCUAUCUUAGUAGUUAACUGUGAUAUUUAUUUCUUUUUCUUUGUACUGAUUAUCCUAUAACCUUGUGCUCUAAAUUAUGAAUUUUUGCCAGGUCUGGCAACCCGCAA